AUGGCAUCUGUAGGAGCAUUUAUCAUAACUUUCGUGUACGGGUUCCUUCAUUGCUACAACGCAAAACCCAACAGAGAAACACCUGAAAUUACAGGUAAUGAUGCUCGAAUUUAGACUAAGCUGUAAUGUUUUAAACAAGAAAACAUAUUUGCUCAACUUGUUUUCUUACUAUUUUAGCCACCUGCUUCGAACCCUUGGGAAUCUCGGAUGGUAGAAUCAAAAAUAGCCAGCUUCACGCUUCGUCAGCGUUUCAUAAUGACUUUAAUACGUUUGGCCCUCAUAGAGCAAGGCUAAACAUCACAAGCUGGCCGCAGGGAUAUCGAUCCGCCACUGACCAGUUAAGCAGUAGCUGGUUUAAGGUAGAAAUCGGGCGCAUUAUGGUGAUAACAGGGAUAGCAACUCAAGGAUAUGGUGAUGUGUCAGUGAAUGAAUGGCUGACAGCGUAUAUUCUACUGUACAGUCAAGGAAAGGAGGAUUACACCUUCUUCCGGGAGAGAAAUGGAAAUAAUGCCCAGGUAAGAAGAGUUACUUUUUUAUAACGUUUAUCUAACCUUUCUGCCUUAGGCGAAAUUAGCCAACAUUUUUAACUCCAGACCACUUUAAUCCAGACUCGAGGGAUCGAAUGCGACCGGUCUGUUAUAUCACAAUGUGUUAACUCUCACUAACUAAACCUGUUACUGCAACCGACACUCUAAAUAAUUCUUUUUCAAACUUUUUUGUUCGCUUUUGAUGAGUACAAUUAGGAUCGCAGUUUUCAAGUAAGAAAUAUACAAAAUGUUAAAGUAAAAUAUAAAAGCAGAGAUUACUCUAGCCACUAACAGUUGACACUACACUACGCCGGCGACGCCAGACCAAUCGACUUGCUGCAGUGCAUGCGUAUAGCCGGAAUAACUUAAUGAGCCACUCUAAGAGUCUCUUCAAAGGGCGUGAGCGUGUUCUGCAGAAUAACGUUUUGGUUGCAGCUUCUGAGGCGAAAUCUUGUGUAUUCAAAUAAAGAUAAUUAGGUCUAACUAUAGAACAGCUUCAGUUGAACUCUGCCUUAUAAGAAGUCCGGGACGAUUCCUUGAAUCAAAUAAUUUAUGUAGCGGGUUUCUGGACAGGUGAGUACAAUGUGCGAGUUCCGUCGCUCCACUUAUUUUCUCUCUUUUAUUCGGCGUGCUCACACGAUAUUUUAUAUACAUUUUGUGCCUGGAAAAACUAUCUGCUCAGUUUUAGCCCAAAUUACUUAUCCAUGCUUUGACCCAAUAUAAACUUACUGAUUGAUUGUGGUUUCGAAUUGUGGUUUAGCAUUUCUCUAGCUCUUAUUUAUACGUUUCGAGAACAUGAUUGGCAAAAGUCCUUUAAAUCAGAAGUGAUCCCUGUUCAAAUCACAAAAUUCAAUCUUUAAUAUGCACAGUUAACUUUAAGGCCACACUAUGUGGCCCUUAUUGAUGUUAAUUUGAGAGUUAUAAAAUUCAGCAUUUCACUGCAUUACCAAGCUAAAAAGUUAUAGGCUAAAGAAGUUAGCAUCACCGGAUGAUGCGAAAUCAGCCAUUGAUUAAUUUUCAUAACAAAGUUUCAUUAAAAGAAAGACUUAAUUAAAUAAAUCAGUAUUCUCUUUAUAUAGAUUAGAAGAAACGAAUAACUCAUUUUGCGUCUCUCGUCAUGCCUCUCAUAAGAGUCAGAGUUUAGUACAACUUCUGGUAAUCUUUUUUAAUACUGCAUUUUAUCUUUAAUUGUUAAAUGUUUGGUGCAACCAAGCAGGUGCAAUUUUAUCAAAUGUGUUUUGUUCCAGAUUCAUAUAGUGUUUAUCAAUUGGCCUAAUGUUUAACAUUCAUAAUUAUCAGAUACUUUUGAAAAUUAUCUUAUUGAUUAACAUCGUGAGAGUUAAAUGACUGAAAAUGAAAUCGAAAUUGUGUAUAACACUGAAAAGAGAAACUUUCGCACCCCAUGGAGAACCUCAGUUUCCUUUAAACAAAGAAUAUUAACCACAAAAAAGUCAGACUUCUACAUGAUUCACAAAAUCGAACCUAUGAACACAAUCCAAUGGGACAUAAAAUUCGUGCCCUGAAAAUAAGUAAAUAUAUCAUGCCAUGUGUUUUUUUUUUUGCGCCGAAAAAAGUAGUAUCUAGAAUAUUGUUGUGGUAAACAAAGGUUGAAGACGAAACAUUAUGUGGGAAAAUAGGCACCUAGCGGCCACCUGACGACUUUUUUCACAACAAACUUUUUUACAGAAUUUUCCUCCAUUAUAAAAAAAAGGAAGCUGAGGGUCCUGUUCAGUUCUGUUACAUCUCAAUUGAUUUUCCAUUCCACUGAAAAGUACUUUCAAGACUACCUACUUUUACUACAAAGCUGGGAAAAAUAUCUCUGGUUAUAGAAAGAGAAAUUGAUUUGACUAUAGCUUUAAAAAUGUAGGAUAACCUGGAUUGGCACUAUCUAAGAAUGGAAAAAAAUACACAGUACUCUAGAACAUUCCUCGUUCGAUAAACAACUUCUCAAAAUAGCCUUUGGUUAAAUUUGUUUUCAGGGUGAAAAUAAAUUUAACCAAGAGCUAUUUUGAGAAUUUGUUUGUCGAACGAGGAAUGUUCUAGAGUAUCGCGUAUUUUUGGCCAUCCUCAGCUAGCCCCGGUUAUUCGAACGUUGGAUAGUUGCUAUCCACCGGGUAAAUCAUUCUCCAGUGAAUACGGUUUACGGGAAACUAUUGUGUUAUCCACUCAGUGAUAGAAAUUUAUUCAGUGGAUAGCUCUAUUCACUCUUUAAACAACCGGAGUCAGAACUCUAAACGUCCAUGACAUAAAGCUGUGCCCUGCUAAGUACUACCAGAGUUUCUACUGACAGAAUAUUGCAUUCUUAAAACUAAAGCACACGAGUUGUCGAUGGUUGCCGCGAAUGUAUCGGCGUCGAGCGCGGGAAAAGUGUUGCAAGCAACUUCUAACCUCUGACUGACUGAAAAUUAAGAAAUGGUAAACGUGCAGCGUGCAGCCAUCGAGUUAUGGAUGCACGUGGGAGGUUGCUAAGCACUAAAGAAGCGUAAGAGUUGCUCGAGGCGUAGCCGAGAGCAACUCUAACUUCUUGAGUGCUUAGCAAACCUUCCAAAUGCAUCUAUAACUCGAUAGUGCACAGCUGGAACGUUUGCCAUUCCUUUUAUAACAUAAUCAAAAGAGAAAACAUGGCGAAACGAUUGGCGAGAAAUAGAUGGACAUUCAAAUUUAAAUAACUAUUCCUAAAUUGCUACACUUAGAACUUCCUCUUCAAAAAACGCAAGUUAAUGAUUUGGAAGCCGCAACGCGCUCUUAGAAGUCUCUUGUUUUGCUUGUUUGCUUUGUUCUUUUCUGUUUCUGAAAAACUUAUUAUUCGACAUUACCUUACCUAUACAGAUUAGAGGGCCUAUGGUCUCCAACUUUCAACCAGUCCUGCAUUGCCCAAUUUUAUUCUUUUGCAUUUUUGUGAGUAUGUUAGGAUUACAACAGAGAAAUUUUCAAGCGAUUCAAUUAGUACCCUUCGUACAAUUUUAAAAGAGUGUGAACGAUCAUUACCACGGGUAGCAGUGCAUAACUAAAGGAAGGAAAAAAUGUUUGCUUGACGUUCAGUUGAAGAACUUAAAACAAUAUUUUCCCCGCAGAUGUUUAUGGGUAAUCACGACAGUAACACAAUACAACUAAACCGCGUAAUUCUGCCAGCCAAAGCCUCAAGUGUCAUGUUAAGACCCAUCAGCUGGACAAACAACUUCGCUGUCAGAAUGGAGCUGUAUGGCUGUCACUCAGGUUAGACAACAUUUUGUUUGUUUAUUUGCUGUUGCCAUAAGAUAGCCGGUACGUAGCAGAAUAGGGUGAACGUCUUUUUGUGACUGAAAAUUCUCAAUGCCAAACACUCGCUCAGUUACACGUUUGCGUAAAUGCGUAAAUGCCGACUUUUCAGUUUACUAACUGAAUGACUGUACACCUCGCUGCCCUCCCCCCACCCCCCCCCCCUCCAAAAAAAAGACAAGCUUUGGUGCUGGUCGUUUUUAUCGAGCACAGUCUCUUUUGGUUACCAAGCCUCUAAUUCUACUGACAAUGUGGUAAUACAUAAGGUGCCUCAGAAGUAUAAGAUGCUGCCCUGUGUUUAGACAAGUACGUACGUACUCUACUUAAUGCUUUGUCUAAAACAAAACUGAUUAUCUGGAAUCUUAAAGUGACCAAUACAGUAAAUAAUAGGUCGCGUUUAAAGAUUGUUGAACUGGGCCUUUUUGUCGAACAAUUUUGAAUGUUUGUUUGUAGAUUACUACGUCGUGGUCUGGUUAAUGCUAGCUAAUUCACCUUUCACAAUCGAGUACUUGGAAUCUUGGGAUGACCAUCGUAAGUCGCGCUCAACUGCAGCUGGCGUAGAACAAGAGGUAUGAUUUAAGACAAAGAUGAAGUGUUAUUAACCCUAUUCAGACUGGGCAUUUUCUGUUUCCUGUGACCAGGGAGUGGACUUCAGAAGCGCUCCUCUAUAACUUCCAAAUCGCUCAUAAUACGGCCACCAAAGUUACACAGAAUAAUGUGCUCAUCAUUUCCAAAAUCUAGACAUAACUCGAUUGACAUAAUGUCGUAAAAUGUGACGUCAUUAUGAUUUCAUAUUCUUCAACCCAAAGUUUCCCUCAAAGAAGCCAUAAAGCAAAAAACCUUAACUAGUAAAGUGUCUGAUGUAGCCAACAAGUUAACUAACACAUAUAUAAUCUUUAACCAUAUUAGUGAUGUCAUAAUGACGUCAUAAAUUACCUAAAGAAGAAACUGGAACGAUCUGCCUUCUUGGAUCUGUCAUUUUGAAUUACUUAAAUGUAUUCCAUUUUACCUAAAACCCGUAUAAAUCAAGGUAAAGAGAAAGCGAAAGAUAAUUUGAUCUGUGUAUAAAAGGAUGCUUAGGAAACAAAAAUCUCCAAGUUAUGAAGUUAACCAAGCAUCUUCUACCUUGUCACUUUAAAUUCAUGUCUUUUUUCCCCAAAUUAGCCACUAAAGAGAUUGAAUUACAUUGACAUUUCAAAUUAAUUCAAUAAAAGAAUGCUAAAUUAAGUGUUAUGUAGUAACCCAACAAGUAAAAAAAGAAAAAAACUUUUUUAUCAGAAAAAUGCAAAUUUUGAAAAACAUGCCUGUCAACAAUCGGUUGCCAUGAUAACGUCACUGUUGACGUGCAUUUGAAGGCGACUUUAAAAUUAUUCCAGAUAAAUUUUAUUAAAAUUCGCGGUCAUAGCCUGGACGGUUUGGAAUUUAUUCAACUUUUUUGAGAGCGGUCUGAAUGGGAUUAAAAUUGAGUUGGUUUUCAGUUGUUGCUGUUACAGAAUAUACAAUUAACUCACCUUUUCAACAUUACCAAAAUCUUUUCUAGGUCACUAAUCUGCUGAAAAACAUUCUCGGGUUUUUGAGUACUCGAGUGCUGCAUUUUAGGUGAGACUUUGGCAAAUAUUGUUGGUUUAGCAUCAGGAAUUAAAGUACGACGAUACGUAAGACACCCCAAGGGAAGAGUCAGUCUUUGAUUCCUAGCCAAUAUCACAAACAAAAAGGCAGACAGUUAAGCCCCACAUUGUCUUUCUCCCCUUUUGUGUAAAGAUAUGUCGCGGUGGACCCUUCAUACCAACAUGACACAUCCAAAGCUUACCAUGUAAGAGGAGAAAACUCAAUUGAUGUUACUACCCUGUGACUUUGUGCCCUGUCCAAAGCAAAAAGUCAAAUUUGUGAAAUCAUGAGAUUGGUUAGCAUACUCAGAAAGAACAAGAUGAAAAAAGCCCCCAUGGCAAAAAUCAGCCCGUUAGUGCAAAUUGGUGGUAGAUAUAAGUACCGGUUUGCUUAGAUGACUCCAUGCAAAUCCUUCUAAAAUUGGCUUAGAUCGUACCGUUAACAAUCCACGCCUGUCACAGAAGGCUUCAUAAGGAGUCGUCGGAGCAUAACGUUGCUUCUAUCUCUUCACCAGUUUGCUCCAACAGGCUGACUUUUGGCAAGUUUCAUCUUCCUCUUUCUAAAUAUGCCAACCAAUCCCAUAAUUUCAAAAAUUUGUUUUUUGUGACGUCAUCACAUCUCUUUUCUGUUCCUUACCGGUAAUCCUAUACAGAUGGGGCUUUUGUUUGUGCUAACUGGGAGGGAGGCCUUUCUGAGGCUUCCCCUCUAUAACUGUAAAACCGCCCAUGUUACAGCCUCGACGUCAACAUCUAUGUAGAACUUGAUUAAAACGAUGACGUAAUUGGGUGUCAUCAUGACUUCAUAUUGAUGACAUUAUUGGCUGAACCCAUAUUUCCUCAGUAUUUCCUCUCCAUUAGGCGAAAACAGUUCAAAAGAAACGUUUCUGAUAACAUUUGGCUAACACAUUGAUAAUCUUCAACAUUAGCAAUGGCUUUAUCUUGGAUCCGCCUUUUUCAGGUUUUGUUAAAUACACAUUGGAAGCUCACUUAACGGACACUCUUGUGAGCGGGCGGCUUUUUCAUAUCGCUGGCUGCUCGUCACAAUUAAUUUAUAUCAGUUUCAGAGUUUGUUUCUUUCACAUACACAUUCGGUUACACUUCGAAACACACCCCGUAAUUUUUAUCCUUGUCCCUGAAUUACAACGUCGUCAAAACAACCGUAUAGCCAAACACUGAGAAACAGUUGUUGUUUUUUUUUUUUUUGCAUUCCCAGUAUUUAUUUGUAGCCGGGCAAGCUCUCUUUGGCGACCAUUUAACCCUUACACAUCUAAUAGCUGCAUAUAAACGAACACCAUUGUUGUAAACGGCCAGCUCUAGUUACGGACACCUUUUUCGAGUACCGAGGGUUUCCGCUUACGAGAGCUUCCACUGUAUUUCUAUUUUGGUCGAGACCCGUAUAGAUCGAGGUAAUCGUGAUAAAAUUGUGUUCCUUAAAUUACAACUUAAGUAGCCUGGAUUUCAUUAACAUUUUUACAGUUAAUACAUGUGAUCAGAACCCCCAUACUAUGAGCUACUGAUUUUCAGUAUAAAAUAAUGCUAAAUUAAGUAUAAUAACGGGCCCCAUACCUAAGAAAAUUUGGUAAUCUAUCCAUCCGAGAAAUUUUGGUAAUCUCGUGACCGUAUUCUGUCCGUCCGCACCAUUGAGCAACCAGUGUGAAAUGUCAAACUUUCUAGCUAGUGUGGGAGCCUGUAACAUGUGUUUAACUUGAUAAUAGAUAUCCAUAUUAUGGUCAACUGGCAGCUCUCAAAACAGGGUGUCCGCUGACGAGAGUCACAUGACCGUAUCGCCGGCUCAGGUGCCAACUCAUCGAGGUUACGUGUUUUUUUUUCUUUUUGAAGUUUUCCUCCGACCAGUUGUUAGCUUUUAAUUGAUCGCAAGCUAAGGUUUAUGUUUUUCAGUCAUAUGGUUCUCCCCUAAAGUUAAGUAUAGAUUUGUGGAUUUGUGGAUUUCUUUGCAAUGGUUUCAAUUAAGUCCAUUGUCCGAAGUAAAUUUAAAAUGAAUAAACGGGAGCUUCGACUUUAGCUCUGGCUAAAUCUAUGUAUUAUAAUAAUUCGAUCAGCAUUUCCGUUACCUUAAGAGAUGUCUGUUGUGUAGCAUGAGAGACUUCAAGUAUAUCGUAAAAUAAACCAGUGCUAGCAUUUCUAUCACUGCUUUUUGUAUUUUAUUCAUAUUUGUAUUCCUUUGUUUCUUAUUCUUGUCCCCUCCCUACAUGUUGUUUGUUUUAUCUAGCUUUUACACCUGUUUUUGUUGAUCGUAUUAUUCUUUUUGUUAUUCCUUUUAUCUUAAAAAGAAUGGCCUCUUCCUUGCCUAGGGCGAUUGUGGGUUUGACAGUAUGACUGUUGCAGCGAGACCUUAUCGUAUUGUGUGGUCCAAGCUGCAUCGAGAACCACACUCAAGGAGAGCUAUAAAUUCGUGGUUUUGUUUGUCGUUCGCCCUUUUUCUGCCAACGACAAUCGUGAUACCUCUUACCUUUCGAAGAGUACGUUUAUUUGAGUACUUGAUUAACUUGGCACGCUUGUAAUCGGUUUGUGAUAAACGCUACUUAAGUGGCCCGUGCGAGUAAUGCUCUCGGGAUAAACUUGCUUUCUCCAUUUCCUCAAACAGGAGUAUUGUCAGAAAACAGUAGAAUUUGUUUCCUUCCUCGUCUUUUGGCUUUUUGCUGUCGUUGUGUUUCUCUUACCUUUUUUAUUCCAAACUAAGGUCUCGCUUUUUUACAGCCCACAGGAAUCAGAAAAGGAUGGGGCAAUGGUAAAAGCUCAGGUCUUGAUAGAAUGUCUCCGAGAGGGUCAGGCAAAUAUACUUAACAAGUUAAUCGAUGAAAUAUCUUCUCGACACGACACUUCAUUUGACACAAAUUUCUUCACAAUUCAAUACGCAGGUAAAAAUGGUACCUAUCAACUUAAGUAACUAAUUUUAAGUGGUGUCAUACCUGUCUCAAUACAGUUUCCGGAACUUACUGUGCGUUUCAUGCUACUUUGGUAGCUACCGAUUUCCAGCUGACUCCAAAUAGUUUAUUAUAUGAUACUCAUUCUCAUUCAAUAAUUGUUCAAUAUUUUCAGCCAAUGAAGUGGACCUUCUUGCCAAUGUUUCGCUGAAUCUAAGCAAAAAUUUACAGACCGCAAAUGAGAUACUAACAGAGGAGCGUUACAGAGUUGAGGCACGGAUAUCUGUGAAAAGUGGACUUGUUAAUUCCACCUCCAAGAAAUACGACUUUAAAUGGGAGAUUUUUACCAUUGAUGAGGCAACUGGUCAAUUCUAUACAGCUGUCGAAUUGAAACUAAACAAUGAAACGAACAUUGUAAUAAACUCUGAGGAGAUGUCUAAGAGUCUCACGUUAGUGCGGGUUUCCGUGAAGCCAAAAGGGUUCAGUACACCCUUUUCGUACGACUACGGGUUUAUCAAGAUCUUACCGCGUCUUACUGUCACGGUUAGUGGGCCAGAUUUACUUAUAAAAGGUGGACAGCCUGUGCAAUUACUCUCAGAUGUCAAGGGUAUACUGCGAGACUCUUUUGGAGCUAAAGCUGAAAAAAAGAACUUUUUCUGGACUUGUUGGGUUGAAGAUUCAACUUCACCCAAUUUAUUAUUUCCAUUUACUUCAGUCGGCGAGAACCACAAAAAUACCACAGAGUGCUUUGUUGGUGGCAAUCUUAUCAAGAAUACUUCAAAUGAAAAUCUAGUUUUUGAGGCUGACUUGUUGCUCUCAAUGAGGACUUACGUGUUUCAAGUUAUGGUGUCUCAAGGACGCAGAUUUGCAACUGCAUCCCACAAGCUUCGUGCAGACACUAACAUUUCAUUCGCCAUAAAGUAAGGAAGGAUCCCUUUUUAUUACAUUAUCCACAACAAAGUUUAUUUUACUUAAGCAUGUGCGCCCAAGGAGAUAUCCCCCUUAAGACUAGACCCCGGCUGUUCAAAGGCUGGAUAGCGUUAUUGUUAAGUCAUUUAGGAAAACCAAUUGCGUUAUCCACUGGAUAGUGAUUAGCCUGCGUGGCAGGCGUUCGAAAGAGAAGGAGCCGGGAAUUAGGGCGCGAGACCACGCGCGAGGGAGGAGGGAGGAGUGGAACGCCUGCAAGGAAGCCAUUGUUUUCGCCAUCCCGCCUACUAAUUAAAAAAAUAACAAAAAUAACGCAACUGUGAAUGACUAGCUGUCAAAUAAGUCUGGCCGCGAUGCACGUAUUCUAGUCGUAUUUCUCGCACUGUUUUUCUUUUGUUUUCCUAAAGCAAUCUAAAGUAAAAGUACUACAAAAAAGUUCAAACGCAGUCGUCCAUCGAAGGAAUCUUCCUUGAAAGUUGCAACGACCCGUGCCGAGUUACAUAAAAUCCAGCAUAAAUCUAUUCAAGUUGUUGCUGAAGGAAUCGGACUGGAAAACCAUUUAAUAAGAAAUGUAGCGGCUCCUCACAACUUUCACUGCAAUGUUUGCCUAAGAAAAAUUAAAACACUUUGCCGUCACGCACUCUUUGAGGUUCUAUCAGGACGAACUGGAUCCAGCCGAGCACACUAGAACGCUGGUGGCAAGGAAAGAAGAGCUGAACUUCGAAGAUCUGCAAGAAGGCAACAAUUUAUUAUUAAAGUAAGUUCCUGGCGGUUUUAUAACAGGCAAGAAGAAUUCCUCGACCAAAAAUCGCCAAAAGUUAUACAUCGCUUCGUCUUCAAUUAUCUUGCGUUGAUAACGUGGGUCAAACAGCAGAUAACAAGCACACAGGCAGCAUGAUUUUUCGUUUCUUUCGUCUGGCAAGUAAAACCGACAAGCCGUUGGGGGAUAAUACUUUUCAGAACCAGUCAGUAAACCUCAUCUGCUGACAGGCCUUUUCCUUCAUUCGGUUCUUUAACUGCUUUUUUCUACUCUCCUCUGAAGCUGAAAUCGAUGCCUUCUAAUGAUGAAUUCCCGUAGAGAAAUCUCAACACGCUUCACUAACGACAUAUGUUUGGUUGUGAUUGGUAACACUCAAGUAACUGAAUGACAUGUAGGUGACUAAUUAGAACACGCUAUUUAGAUCUUAUCAAAUUUUGACUAAUCAGGAUUUUAACAUUCGCCUGGUAGAUGUUAAUAACGAGAAAAACAAUGGUUUCCUGGCAGGCGUUUCCCUCCCUCCUUCCUCGCGCGCCCCUCGCGUUUCUCUCGCGCCUAAAACUCCCUUUCCCAAAACUCCCUUUCCCUUCCCUUUCAAACGCCUGCCACGCAAGAUAGUGAUUUAUCCAGUCGAUAACUCUUUUAUCCACCUUUUGAGCAACUGGGGCCAGAUUAAUAGGUUUAUAAACCAGUCAUGUGAGGUGCCAAAGGGUAUGCGUUUUUUCAAGCUUCAAAACAGGAAUGUCUUGUCCCCACUCGUCAUCGGUUGGCAUAUUCUUGUGAUAUCAAUAGUGCAAGUGGACGUGAGAAAUUUAUGGAACGUUUCCAAGCUCAGGCAAUUCAAGGCAUGGUUGAAAGGCUAAAAAGACCCCCACAGAGAAAGCAACGAUCUUUUCAAUAACACAGAAGGAUCCGAAUUAAGGGUUCCACAAAGAUAUGAUAAGAUAUAUCUCACUAAAAUAUUUUUAAAAAAUUCAUCUCAAGCAUCACGUGACAUUCCCUGGACCAUGAAGUCACAAAACCAUGUUUCCUCAAACGGGGCAAGGCUGUUCAACUUCAAGCUAAAAAUACUUGUCAUCAAAUGGUCAGGCAAACUGUCUGGAUUGUCAGUUAGUCUUACAGGGUGGAUUAAAGCAUUUUUAUUAAGAGUUUUUAAAGUCUUUUAUAAGUCACGUGACCUGUUUUUCUUUAUUUCGUAAUCAUUGCUCCACUUAAACAUACAUGCAGGGAUAUUUCACCAAUGAAUAUGUCACAUAUUGUUAAGGCUACCGAGCUGAAACUGUUUGCCAAGUUUCAUGACAUCUGAUCAAAACAAUCCGUUUCAAAUGCCACUUCGCCAAAUUAUGCAAAUUACGAGGUCACCCAUGCCUUAACAUGUCUGAGAGAGAAUAAAUGGAGCCACUCAAAAAUAGAAUAUCUCAACAACACCUGACGGGUAGUAAAAACCAACUCACCACUCUUCUGACCACAUUGGACAAUGGACUUUUGUUGUACGUUAAGUUAAAAUGAAGCAGUGGAAUCAAUUUGAUCAUCAAUUUCAUGGAGGCAAAUUAAUUGCAGAUAGUUAGAGGACGAAGACGUUUUCAAUCAUUAGUUAUAGGAGCCAAAAUUUUUAUAAGUACAGUACAUCUUAAUUUAACUUUUCCUUUCUAUUUCUCAGAUGUGUCGCAAACUGUGGGCAAAAGGUCAGCAUCAGGAAAAAAUUUAUGUUCGACACCCAAUGUGAAGGGAUUUCUUGUUCUGCUAUAAAAAAUUACAGCUGGUCUCUAUAUGUUCGUCUUGAAAAUGGCUCUCACAAGUCUUGGGGAGAGAUCAAUAAUCUCUACACAAUAGCGUUGACAUCAUUGAACGGUCCAAAUCUAAUCUUCAAUGGAGGGGAUUCAUCUUUAAACAGGUCUUUGUUAAUGGGAAACAAGACUUACAAAAUACAUAUUAUUGCGUGGAUAGACGGCAAUAGCUUUAGAACAGACGAGCACAUUUUUCGCACCAAUUCACCGCCGUCGAGGCGAGAUAGUAAUUCUGGAUGUUUCAUGGAGCCAAGGAUAGGCAAUGCCAUCGAAACUGAGUUUAAAAUCAGUUGUGUGAACUGGUCGGAUCCUGAUACACCACUAAGUUACCAGUUUUCAUAUCAAACGAAUUUUGGCAUCGUAGUAUUUUACACAGGAUGGCAGCCAAAUGUGACAACCGAGUUACCAGAAGGCAGCAAGGCUUCAAACUAUUCACUUUAUCUGAAGUUACAAAUCAUAGAUUCCUUGGGUGAUUCUUCGUUGGAGCUUAUCACUGCGCAGGUAUUUAUUACGCAAAAUAACGGUAAAUACCCGUAGGACACGCGUAACACUUGAUCCCCGUUAUAAUGGCCCUGCUAAGAAUGUAUCAGCAUAUUGUGACUCCCCUUACCUCAUUCAGACUUGUACAUACCCGUAGGUAGCUGUGGGAAUUGAUGCCUCCAGAAUCCCCCCGUGUUUAGCUUCGACAGCACUUUCAACUUUUCAUUUUUUCAAGCCCAUUCAAGAAUUGAAUUCCGCUUUACUGCACAUACUUUAGCAUUGGUUUCAUGCAAGCUAACCUUCAACUUUUCACAGGUUUGGCCACCAAAGGCUUCUAGUGUAGAAGAUUCUCAGAGAAAGUUGGAUAAUCUCCUAGAAUCAGGCGAUGUCAACAAGGCCAUGCAAAUAGCGUUUUCUGUUCUGUCUGCUGCUGGCGACUCGGUAAGUUGUAAUUUAACACGAUCCUCGGAACGUUAAUAAGGCAAUAUUGAUUAUUUCAGUGAUAGGUUUCGUUAGUUGAACGCGGGGAUGAUAUUCCAUGCUAUGAAUGGGUUAUUUACCUGUGUGCACAUUUUCAUUUAAUGAGACGCUAUCUUAAAGCGAUCGGCAGAUAGCAUAGAUGUAUUCGUAUAAAGGGAGUUAAAAACUUACCGUGUCAAAUCCAAGCUAAUCCAAUAUAUUGGCUACCAAAGAGAGCUAAAAAAAAGAAAAAAAGUAUCAUGAAGUAUCGUCGAAACUCACAGGCCAUUGAAAAAUACAAAGAAGAAACGUAACAUGCAUAUCAAAUCCUAGUAAGCUGUGAGAAACUCAAUUUCUUUCAGUAAUGUUGCAGCCCCGAAUUAUUGGAAACUGUGUAAAUUUAUUUUUGUAACUGUACGUAGCUUUCUCCUCUAUUAAGUUUAAGAACGCUUUACUCCAAAAGAUGACGACAGUAAAAAUAGGCAGUCUCCAGCAAGCUACAAUGGUUGUGGGAGUUGUUGCUCUAGCUACAGAUAGCGACAAUGGGAUUUCGAGUGAUUCUCAGGUAUGAUGUUUUUGCGGCUUUACGUAAAAAGACUACCUCAAUACAUACAGGUAAAACUCGCGCCUAAGAACCUGCAUUUCCCCAAGUUACCCUAAACACUGGUUGUUACAUAGAUUGUAAUUAACACAAAUUUAGGCUAUUUACGUUCUUAAAUAGGUUCUUAUUUUCUGAAGCAAAAAAUACAUUGUAGCUAAGAUUAUUUGGUGGUAUUCAGCUCAUUCCUUAGGCAAAACCUGUAUGCCAUUACAAUUGCAUUUAGAGUAAUAAGGCACCUAUGUCUCCAAAGAGAAUCCUAAAUGUUGAAUCUGCUUAUUUGCCCAAGUGCACAGAAUUGUUAAAGAGAUUAUUUAGAAAACAAGACCCUGUUUCAAAUUUUACGCUAAACAGGUUCUUGUAUAGAGGGGGCCUAACUGGCACAUUUUAGCUUAACAGGUUCUAUGAAGACCAGCAGGUUCUUAGUCGCGGUUAUACACCAAAUUUCUAGUUACGCGUUACUCCGCAAUACCGUAAUGCUUUAUUGUUAUCUAGUGCUCAUGUUUCUUCAGAGGGUUAUUGAAAGCCGGUAAAUAAAAGUGAUGAACACUGACAAACAUCAAUUCUGUAUUUUACAUAAAUCUUGCCAAGUUAAAGAAAUUUCUUAUUGAUUUCCUUCCACUUGGGAGUCCGUCAGUAAGCACCUUUCCGGAAAGAUGCGUUGUCUUUAACAUAACCUAGAGAUGACUUUAAGCUUCGUGACUCGUGCGACAUCGGUUUUCACAUGCAAUUUAACGCGGAAUUCCCAGCUCAGGUAAUGAAUUUUCCUAUAGUAUUGUAUUUCUUUCCAUAUACAGGUUAAUUCAGUAUAAGAAAAAAUUAAUACUAUAAAAGGUAAAUGCAUGUGGUUUUGUGUUGAUGUCUCAAUUACAGGACAAUGCCUUGAGCUUGUUAGGAAAUGCUGCCAACCUUAUUUCCACUGAACUUUCAAGUGGAUCCGUGGACUCGGACUUGAUAGAGAGUAUAGGUACCAGUCUAUUCAGUGGUAUCGGUAACGUGCUAGACGCUGCGUCCAGUGAAGCCCAGACAGACACUGUAGAGAGAGAUGAAAUAAAGCCAAAGGGUAGUAAUGAAGCUGAGAAAGUGGCGAUGAAAGAAAAAGUAAGAAGGAAAAUUCACCCUCUCGAAAAUUUUACAUUCGGUUUUUUAUGACAAAUUUAGUCUGCUGAAAGGCUGGCAAAGCUACAAAACAACCUUCAUUUUAAGUAUCAACACACUGACUUCAGUUAACGACCAUGCAACAAAACUGUGGAACUGAAUUUCAAUUUUUGUAGUAUCAAUUAUAUGCAAAAUCAUUGAUAAUCGACUGUUGUAUAAAUAAUUAACGACGUCAUUUCUCGUGUUCCAUAAGAGUAUAGACCAUGGAAAAUGUUUUUUGUGUGAGGGGAUUUAUUGAAUAGAACACUGGUUGCGUUGGUCUUACCAGGUUUACCAACACAACAGGGCUGGGCUCCAACUUAAGUGUUGCUAGGAGCUACACACUAGGGAUGGGGUAGUCAGUGAAAGAGAUUGCUUCGUCCUGGUGAUUCUUUUACAUGCUACAAAAGUCCGGGCAGUUGAAGUCCUUCGAGAAAGUGCGUAUGGUUUCUCCUUCUUAUGCAAAAGUGACCUAAAUAGACUCUAAAAAUUGCGAAUUUAAAACAAAGUGUUGGUCUGAAUCUAGUGCAAAAUCCAUUGAGCUAACCAGCCUGAGGCUAAGUUUUGGAAUAGUGAAGGUUGUAUGGAAUAGAUGAUCAUGGCUCUGUUGCACAGACUUGGACAGUACAAGCAAAACAAAUUCCUUUACAAGUCUUAUUUUAUAAUUUUGCCCCUCUAAGUUUUUAAGAAGGUCUAAUCCACUUUCUCUCUUCGACAGAGUAAGCAAAGAGCACGAUCCUCAUUGAAUCUGGUGUCUCGAGUGGCUGGUAGUCUGCUGUCUACAAAAGAUAUUGGCGGAGAGCCCACCGAGUUCAAGACCAAGUCCCUGAAGGUUCUGUUGGAUCGCCAAAAGAGCUCAAACAUGGGAGGCAAGAAGCUUGGGCAAGGACCAAGUGGGGUGGCCUUACCUUCCGCUGACUCGUUAUUUUCCGGGGGCAAACCACCCGAAAAUAUUGAUUCACAGGUA